UACGCUUGUAUACUAGGAAAUUAUAGCUUCAUUUUAUUGGAUUUUAAUUUUACAAAACGACCGGAUGUUGAUGAGGCAAAACCAACAAGUGGGAAUCACAUGACAUACGCGCCGUUUGUAAAUAGCUGAAUGAAAACUUUGAAAGCGAAGCAAGCGAGUCUGCUGACUGAAAAUUACAAUCAAGUAGAAUUCAAGGAACGUCUAUCAAAUGAAGGAGAUAAAACCUUGGUCAGAAAGUUUGAAAAGCGUUCAAGCCAAAUUCGAGUCAUCGAGAAGAGCAAUAACUGUGCACUUGCCCAUUGCAGUUGUAAAAUACUGCGGAAAACUUUGAUCGCCAUGUAACACAGACGCCGUGCCAAAAGUAUUCUUGACAAGAACUCUUUCAGCGUUCCCUUGCUUUGAAAGCAUGGCAUUUCGAGCUGGAUGUGUAGAGCUGUGAAUAUUUUACUUAAGGUCGAGGCUAACCCUGUGCAAAUGCGUUCUCAGUGCUUUCAAUCAGCGGUCAUGGCGAAUUUGAAACUGGACCAUUACUGAUUCAGUUCAGUUUGAGCUUCUGGCAGAAGUUUCGCAGUCCUAACAUAGAGAGUAUUGCAAAAUAUCAGGUGAUGUGAAACGCAUGGUCGAUUCUCCGUCACGAUGACACCUGUUAGCAUUAACUACCCUGAAAGGUGCCAUUAGUGUUUCCGAGAUUUCAUUCAUGUUUCAAGAAACCUGUUAGAGAAUUAAUCAUCUACAUGUGAAAUGCGCCAACAAAUGUGGAUGUUUUUAGUUCAUGUACUUCUAUCCAACGCAGCGUUCGCUGGCAUCCCGUUAUGGCUCGACAAAGAUCCUUUUAACAUUUGGCAGCACAGACUAGUUUAUCGUAAUCUUGAGCAACUGAGUGUCACUGAGGAGACUAUUGACAGGGCCAGUUAUAAUUAUGGCCAAAACACAUUUCGCGUCUGGAAGGUUUUUCAUAAAGUGCUGAGAGGAGAGAAUAUCGGAAUGAUUGUCAUUGGAGGAUCGAACUCGGCUGGAGGAGGAAUCUCAGAUCAUAGACAACUUUAUCACCAGCUCUUCCUUCAUUGGUGGAAUAAUCUGAUUUUACCGCACACUGGUUCCAAACUUACCAUUAAAAAUUUGUCACUGGGGGGAACUGGAAGUGACUUCUUCAGCCUAUGUUUACAAAACUAUCUAACAAAGACUAAAGAACCCGACAUAGUGCUAAUCGAACUGUCAGUCAAUGAUUACGGGUACCUCUGCGGUGAGGCCGCUCAACCGAUGGAACAAUUAACCCGACGAGUAAUGUCGUUCUCGUCAGAGCCAUUAGUUGUGUAUGUAACGUUGGUCGACUUGAUCGAAAAAGUGAAGUGGUGGAAGAGUAUUUUAAAUCCAAGAUGCUACAAUCUUGAAGAUAUUGGACAGCACGAGAUUGCCAGAUACUAUAACAUAACGGUGUUGAGCUGGCGAGAUGUUAUUUGUCCAAUGGAUACGAUAAAAUCAAAGCGGCGUAUCGAGAUCAAGCCAAGCAUGAUAAACGCGGAUCAUAUUCACAUUGGUGUCAAGAGUCAUGCACAAAUUGCAUUGAUGUUGACUCAUUAUUUCCAGAAAGAGCUGAAACGGUUGAUCUGUCAUCCAUGGAAGAGUGUAAUGAAGACAGCUGAGUCCAUUGAGAAAAUACCGCCUCUAUUUGUUCAAUUUUCUAACCAAACGUUAAUUUCAAGGUCGCUUUGCUGGUCACUCAUAUCGACGAACUGGAGAAUGCCAGACGAAAGACAAUCACUCGAAGUCAAGAUCCUAAUGAGAAAUGGUUUCCAUGAAAUUACUCCUCAGAGCAGGUGUGCAAAGAUGACCCGAACUGACGCAGACAGAAGUGAUUCAUUUGGUGGUUGGCAAUCAAGAAAUGGAGGAAGUUUCAUUGAAUUUUCAUUUACCGCCCCUAAAAUGGCGAGGAAAACGGAUAAGUGGUCAGUUGGUUUGGUGCUUCGUCAUCUUCAAAAUGGACAGAUCAAAAUUUCGCUUGAUGAAGACGAAAGCACCACUUUGACCAUAACGGGAGAGAACUAUGGAAGAAUCCUCCUGCAGACGCGUAUUUACUUUCUUAGGACGAGGAUAACAUCCGGAAAAUACAAAAUGAAAAUAGAAACUGAGGGUAGGAAAGGUUUUGAAGUACUCUUAAGUGGAAUGGUAUUAGGUCCUGCAGGUAUGAGGAAUAUAAAAGGAUAUAAGCCAGCUAACACGUUACAGAAGGUUUGGUCACGUGAAGAUUACAAAGCACUGGUUCUUCAGUCAAAAUAAUCAGCUUAGUUAUGGACUGACACUGUUUAAAUGAAGCCAUAGUUCAUACUUGUCAUCAGAGUAUACUUCUAAACAUUCACUCACAUACUUCAAUGUAUAUAAGAAUCAAUAGUUUUCGUACCCAGCCUGGAUAUUGUUAUUUUUGCCGACUGUAGGCUGAAAAUAUUCUAGUCUACAUUCUUAGGUUACAGAGUAUCGGUUGUGACCAGGAAUUGAACUAUCAAGAAGGAUUAUCAUUCUAAAUUUGCGUUUUGAAUAGCAGGGAAUCGGUCCUCUUCCAUUUCUUUAUCAGGUAUAUAACUUCCUUCCGUUUAUCUGCAGCGGUGGAAAAAAUAAAGACUAAAAAAUAAAUGGAUGUUACUAAAACUAGUAACGGGGAACCGGGAACGGGAGUUUUUAGAACGAGUGCACAGCGGUAACCCGCCUGAGAAUUCAGAAUGGCGGACAAAGCAAAAGUUAUGUCACUUGUCCUCGAUAUCCUAUUGCGUGUUGCUAUUUUUAAAUAUUGACAUGACAGCUCGCCCAC